CCCGCCCCUCGGCCUCGUCCAUCGCUUCCUGGCGCAGGGGAGGCCAGCGAAGCGGCGGCGUCCCCCGCUCCUCCGCGCGAGUGGUGCCGCUCCUCUGGUGACCUGCCAAGGGCAGCCGGCGGCGGCGGCGGAGUCUGCUGCGGCGGGACGGUCGGUCGGUCGGUCGGAGGCUUCGCGUGUCGGCCUGGCCAUGGCUUCGCUGCUGUGCUGCGGGCCGAAGAUGGCCGCCUGCGGGAUCGUGCUCAGCGUCUGGGGGGUCAUCAUGCUGGUGCUCCUGGGCCUCUUUUUCAACGUCCACUCCGCUGUCCUGAUUGAAGACGUUCCUGCCACCGAGAAGGAGUUCACGUCCGGGGUAACCGCGAUCCACGCGCUGUACGACCAAGUCAGCUACAACUGCUUCAUUGCCGCCGGCCUCUAUUUCAUCCUGGGGGGCUUCUGCUUCUGCCAAGUGCGCCUCAACAAACGGAAGGAGUACCUGGUCCGCUAAUGGCCGCUUCCUCCGCUGGAGCCCCUUCCCCGCUCCCCUUCCACGGACUCCCCCUGGGCAGGGGCCCCGGGGAAGGGAAGGGCUCUCCGUGGCUCUGUGGAGCCCCUUUUCUUACGCCGGCCCCCUCCGCAUCCGCUCUGCCCUUGGUUCCCUUUAUUUAAACCCCAGGAAGAGGUCAGUUGGCACCGCCCUUCCUCUGUUGCCCUGCGGCUGACCAAAAGAGAACGGCCAUGUUGUGUAAAUAGCCGAGGUGUUCUCCCUCCCCCUCCCCCCCCAUUGGCAUCUUCCUGGCUCCAAGGUUGGGCCUCCAUUGCCCGGUUUGCCAGCAGCCAGUCCUCCCCGGUUUGAGCCGUCUCCGUGCUCUCUCUGUUUUGUCUUGAUCGUGAUGCUUUGCCCAGGCCGCUCCCCGGGGCUGGAAGGAACGGGCGUGCGGAGGCAAGGAAGCCUCUGACCCGGGGAGGGGGCUGCCAUGGGGCACCCCUCUUCCUGCCUCCUCCCGGGGGAAGGAAAGGCUCGGGGGGGGGCCCUGCGGGGGGGUUGCGUGGGUGUGUCAGCCCUGCUCCGAUACCCGCGUUGCCGGUGCCCGGAAGAGUCGUGUGUGCAAUAAACAACCUUGGAUGUGG